CCGUAAGCCUCUCUCUCUCUCUCUCUCUCAAAAAUCCCAAAAAAUGGUGAAAAAAGGCGCGAAACCGCCCAAACCCAACUCCGCCGCCGCCGUCGAUCCGGAGACCCAACAGAAGCAGCACCUCCGAUCACUCGCUCUCUCUAAGAAUCUCCUUCGCACCCUUAAACCCUCAAACUCCGUCCUCGAACCCUCAAACUCCGUCCUCAAGAUCGACGGCCGUGACAUAGUCAAGCGAGGCCAGCGCAAGAGCCGCUACCUCUUCUCGUUCCCCGGCCUCCUCGCUCCUCUUUCCGGCGGCCGCGUCGGCGAGCUCGCCAAUCCCAGCUCCAAGAACCCCGUCCUUUACCUCGAGUUCCCUAAUGGGAGAAUGAAGCUAUUUGGCACACAUGUUUAUCCGAGGAACAAGUAUUUGACGCUGCAGCUGACGAAGUCGGCAAAGGGGGUGAUGUGUGAGGAUUGCUUCGAGAGCUUGAUUGUAUUUUCUGAAGCAUGGUGGAUUGGGACAAAGGAGGAAAAUCCAGAAGAAAAUCAACUCGAGUUUCCUAAUGACAUGAAUGAGAGCAAAAAUGAAGCUCCUGAUUUCAGAGGAGGGGCUGGGGCAACAACUGGAGAAGCACCAAGUCUUAAAAAGCCUACUAAGGAAUAUAAAGUGAAAUCACCUUCCCUUGACACUGAAUCCGAGGAAGAUACAGAUGCUGAUUCCUAUCCCUCAACAGGAGAAUAUGUAAAGAUCCCAGAAGCUACACCAGUUCGGCACUCAGCAAGAAUGGCUGGAAAGACACUAAACUAUGCAGAACCAUCUGAACACGAUUCUAUUGCUAGUGAUGAGGAGAAGCCUAAAACAGAGGAACCUGAGCGUGCGUAUCAAUAUGAUGUCAAAACUGACAUUGAUAAAGCAUCCAAGAGAUCCAUAUUGGGUGAGCUAGAAGAUUCUGUUCUCAUAUCAUCAAGACUUCCUGUUGAUGAGAAACAAAGAGAGCAAUCUUCAUCAUCGAAGAAGUUGAAAAAUCCUAAAGAAAAUUCUCCACAUAAAAAGGGGUCAUUAGUUCAAGCCACUCUUUCUUCUUUGUUUGAAAAAGCAGUAGAGAAGAAAUCUAAGCAUAGCACAGAUCACUCCUCCGGACCAAAAGGUUCUGGAGCUAAGCGGCAACGGGUUGAUUCAAUUCAGAUAACUGAACAAGUUCAAGUCAAAAGAACUAAGAAGAGAGGCGCCUCUUCUGGUGAAAAGAGUGGGACCAGAACAGUGACAGUUAAGAAGAGGUCUCAGGUUGUAGAUGAUGCGACAGAAGAGAUCUCUAGCGACUCUCCAGAUGACAGUGAUGAAGACUGGGCUGCAUGAAUCCAGUGAAGCAUAGCUACUAUGCCAAUCUCAAUUUCUUCUGAUGAACUUAUCGACAAGGAAUUAAUGAAUACUCAGCAGAGCAGUAAAUUCACAAAUUUCCAGGUUCUUAUUCUCAAUGUUGUAUGUAUAAUUCCACAGCAUGUUGCAGCAUUUGAUUGGUAAUAAUUCAGGCAAAAAAUGUCUAUCUGCUUCAUCAUGGAAAGACCAUCAUAUGUUUACAUUCUCACCAUAACAAUCAACUAGUCAGAGCGAUAUCAACUAGUAUAGUUAAAUGGUGUUUAUAUUCCA